AUGAAAAUCACUUGGUUUUUAGGAUUAUUGCUAAUUGCCUCAGCUGUUACAGCUUAGUCUCUAUAUCCUCAUGAUGAAGAAAUCUAAAUCAUUAAUGGUGAAGAACAUGUUUAAACUCCUUUUGGGUUGAUGUUAAGAGAAUGUGUCCAUAAUGUUCCAUCAGGUACUUAUAUCUAAGAAUCUGAAGAUGGAAGUGUAUUCCUCACUAAUAAUGAAAAAAAUUUUGCAUAAAGAAUCCAAAAAAGUGAGAAAUGUCAAAAAGCAAAUCCAAGAAUAAAAUUAGAAUAAUGGAUAGACAAUGGUGGAUGGUAUCUUCCUGCUAAUACCACAUUAAGUAAGUUUGAAGCUAACUAUUUUGUUCCCAAUACUCCUCGUACUACAAACAAUUAAUGGAUAUAUUAUUUUAUUGGAUCUUAAAAUAAUGAUGGUAGUGGCCCUGAAAUAACUAUUCUUUAGCCAGUUUUAUCUUAUUUCAGAGGAUGGUAUUUCUAAUCAUGGAAUUGCUGCCCUGAUGGAUAGGCUUAUAAUAGUCCAUCUAUUUUUAAUAUCACUCCUCAUGAUGAGGUUUAUGGCUCAGUUGAAGUAAAAGACUCUCAAGUAACUAUUAUUUCUCAAAAUAAAUUAGGGGAAUAAUCAACCCUCACAGUUGAUAGAAUUGGUAGAAAUUUUAAUUGGAUAGACGCUACUUUGGAAACUUACUAAAUAACUAAUUGCACUGAUUAUCCAAAAGGAAGAAUGACAUAUUCAUAAAUGAAUGUUACCCUUUCUGAUGGAACUACUGCUUUACCAGAAUGGUAUAAUAGUUUUGGACCUUCAGAAUGCCUUGGAAAGACAGUUAUCCAAGAUCCAUAAACAAUCUCUAUUUACCACAAUGUACUUAAAGAAUGA